AUGAAUACUUCAUCAGAAGUCUACCUUAGACGUACUAUGAAUAUGGAGAAAGACUUAAAAGAAGAAUUGAAUAGACGAAUGAAAGCAGCACGGGCAGCAUUCGAACCCGUCGGGGAAGCUACGGACCUACUCAUGGUCCAACGGCUCUGUGACCAUCUGUUCGAUUCCACUGUUUCUCAAUCGCUCUCCUACGCAGCGGAGACAAGGGCCGGCUACGUUAUGAGUAGAAUCGACGACAAGCAGGGUGAAGGAACGCUAGAAUGGAUCCAAAGAGAUGCUAAACCCCCUCGAGAGAGGCAGCCAACGAUGUGGGGUGACGUGUUCGCCGCACGGAUGGACAAAACAAAAAAGCGAUUCAAAGAUGCUGCACCUCCAGUGAAGACGGGACAUUUAAGUAUCUAA